AUGCCUCCCUUCAUUCGGAUUCUGGCCAUUGGCUCGUUCCUCUUCUCCGCGACUACUCUUGCCUUGGCGUCCACCCCGGAUGCCCACAUCCAGACUUGUUACGAGAGCGAAACGUCGGCCCUGCAUUGCUACAACGGCGAAGAUGAUACUCCUCAGGACGUAAGCGUCGAAGACGUUGCUGUCGUCGCUGAAAAGCUCCGCGAGUGGGGUCGCGGGGUUAAGGGAGGCCGGUUCCUGACGAUGCCAUCCGAGAACACCCCUGACUGCGCUGAAUGGACCAUCUUCCUUUACCAAAGCGUCCAUGCCCUGGCCAAGCAUAUCGACCCCAACGUAAGCACGUCUGUUCUCUACGAAGACAUUGCGAGGACCAUCGAUGGAGGCGAGUCGGCAUCGGACGACGACAAAGCGAAGGCGCUCAUCAGCUGCCAAACUAGUGGUGGAUCUUUGGGGGUCCUUGUCAACGAAACUGACCCUGCGUACCACACGGAAGACUACAAGAACUCGGGUUACACUCCGAAGGGAAUCAUCAUCAAGAUUGUUUCCAACGUGCCCAAGGAGGAACUUUGA